GACAAACAACGAACGGUCCGUUACACCCAAAAGCCAAAGAUUCCGUUGAAUAGUUGUUUCUGUCCCUCUCAUCAUGUCCUUGUGCAAUAGCUUUGUUUCAUGUCUGUUUCAUCAUCUUUGAGAUCCCACCCUCCCCUCUAGGGUAGAGUUCAAGCAAAUCCAAAUCGAAAUUCAGCCUUCAGUUCAGAGUUAGAAGAUGGAAAACAACAACUGCAGCUUUAUCUCAUGCGAUAAGCUGGAUCGUGUGGCCAACUGGGUGGGGAGCAACGUGGCCUCCGCAUUCUUCGCUUCCCUCGAACGCUGCUCUUGCAUCAACCUCAAUACCACCGACCUCGACGAUGACGACGAAGAGGCCAAGGAUCGACCUCUCAUGCUCUCCAAGCCCACUGUCCACGAUAAUCCCCACGCCUAUCUCACCGCCGCCGCCUCCACCAACUCCGUUGCCCAUUAGUUCACUGUUUGAUGAUAAUAAUUAUGAUUAUCCAUCAUAUAGGGUUCGCUUCCUUUUGUGCUUCUUUCUAAAAAAUACUCCUGCAUAUAAAUGUGAUGAGUUAUCCUAGAAAGUGUCCUGGGCUGCAUUUUGUUGUUCUUAAUUAAUUAAUUAAUCAAUCAAGCAACAUUUACGUUUUUAUAGAAAUUUGGGGGCUUUUAAUGUAAAUAUUUCUCUGAGACUAAUCGUGGUUCGUGGGUUCUCUCUGAAAUUGAUGCUUGAUUGCUCUUUCUUGGGAUGAGAA